AUGUUGAGCACACUGCUGGACAAGUAUGAUAAGGACAAGUGUGGCUGGGAUGGAACAGUGAACCAUAUAUUGAUGUCCAACAGUGACAGUGACUUCAAGCUUGACUCAAACACUGACUUGGAUACUGACUUCGAAGUCUUGGACCUCAAAGGUGAAGAACUGUUGGAAAGUCUGGGAUUAUGCAUCGAGAAAGAGCUGGAGUUGCUCAGUACACCAACACCCUAUGAAAAAAUUCAAAAAAAUGCUGCUCACCAAUGGGACAAGGCCAAGAAGAAUUGUUGUCUCAGUUAUAAUGGCCUGUCUGCACAUACACAAUGUUGGCAAAAUCAAAAAGCACAAGCAAAAGAACAGAGUGACACUGUUUUGUGUGCCACUAUGAUGCAGUCAUUUUUGAAAAGUAAACUAAAGCUCCCAUGCCAAUCCCAAUCACUGGCCUCUGAGUCACUGCCAUAUAUUGGCACUUCAACCAACUUGUUGCCUAUGGUUACACCAGUAUUCUUCACUGGUUAUCUUUCAGACUUGUCAGACUCAGAUGUUGAACUUACAGAUGAUGAUGUUGACACCAACCAUGGUUCUGUCCCUCUGCUGACAGCUCAGUCUCCCUUACCAAUUCAACAGCCACCAUCUUUAAAAAGACAACAACUCAAAGUUCCUGCAUGUGUCGCACAUCAGCAGGCUAAAAAUAACCACCAAAUAGAGAGGGAGCAAGCUCUCAGAGACAUCAAGAAGCUUAUCCAAUCAAAGAGAGAAUUAUUUGAUGGGGACACAAUGGAUUGCAGUCAUAUCAUGCAAGAGCCAUACAGAGCUAGGGCUGCUGAAAGCCAGGGAUUUGCAGAGAAGUGGGUUGACAAGCAAGAGUUACCAGUCUUGUCAAAAGGCCAGCACAAGAAAACAUUCUCACUCAAGCAAGAAAUGAUCCCCAAAGCUGCUGAGCAAUACCUUCAACACAUUACCACUGUCAAAAUGCCACAAGGUCUCAAGAAAUAUCUGGAGAUUGAGCUCUUUCCACAAAUUCAACAGAAGCCAAGUGGAGGGGUAUCACUUUCAACUGCACAUUGUCUGUUGAAGCAGGAAGGAUUUCAGUUUCAAGAGUACAAAAAAGCCUUGUAUUAUGAUGGCCAUGAAUGGCCUGAUGUUGUUGAAGACCGACAAACUUGCUUUCUCCUAAAUAUGGCAAAGCUAAAGGAGCGAGUCAUAGAAUAUGUGGUUGGAGAUGUUGAUCAAGAGCUGGUGAAGACACCAUCCAAUUAUGUUGAGAGAUGGCUUGUGCUUUGUGCACAUGACAAAAUGACUGCCCAAACAAACAAUGACAUGGGGAAAGGCUAG